AUGCUUCGAGACUCCAUCCACCAGAUACCAGUUACUAGGCACCAAAAACCAUCCACCAGGCACUCGUCACCAUACAGCAGACACAACAUUUCUUGCCUAACACCAAAACGCUUCGAGAUACCAGCCACCAGACACCAGACACCAGCGACAACAUUGCUUCCCUCACACCAAAUUGCAUCGAGACACCAUCCACCAAACAGCAGACAUCAGCCACCAGACACGGAACACUACAUUGUUUUGCAUACACAAAAAUGUUUCGAGACACCAACCACCAGACAUCAUCCGCUAUCCAUCAUCCACUAUUCACCAGACACCAGCCACUCGACACCAGGCACCAGCCACCAGACACUACGUCCUUUGCAUCCACCAAAAUGCUCCGAGACACCAGCCACCAGAUACCAGAUGCAAUAUUGCUUCCCAGACACCAAAAUGCUUCGAGACACCAGCCACCAGAUAUCAUUCACCAUCCACUAG